GGCCAAAACUCGUUUCGAACACUGGCGACAAAACGAUAAGACAGAUCAAAGGCAAAGGCGAGGAGGAGGGCAGCAACCACUUCCAAUGAGCCCUUCACGCCCUACCAUAUUGCGCCCUACUGUCGACUGCACGCCGCUGUGCGCUUAUCUCAGCAAACGGCCGACGGCGUGUGGUGCUGCCUUGUUUGUCCUGUUGGCGAUUGUGGUGCCGCUCUCAUUGCCUGGCUGGCGAGCAUCCGACCAGCGAGUCUUCCUGGAAGAUGGACACGCGGAGGUGUCGCAGCACCUCGGGCUGUUCGGCUAUCGGCUAUCGCUGGACAUUGUCGGCGAAGGCAGUACUAUCCUGUGCAGACCGCAUGUUAUCGAAGAGUCGCCUGUGUGGGAGGCGCCGCAGGAGCUCCAGCAGUGCUUCGGAAACAACACAACCUGUGGGUGCUGGGCGUCCUACAGCUUCCUCGUCGACCAGAGCACGGCGGAGGGCGACGACAAGGCAGCUGCUGUGUGGCGAGGCUAUAAGAGGGCGGGCACCUUUGUCUACAUCUCCAUGGGCCUCGUCCUACCGCUGCUGAUGAUCGUGGGUGGCAUCUGCUGGAGUCGACGUCUUGACGACCAGGGGUUGUCAACCUUCCCCUGGGACGCCAUCGGCGCGAGCCUCUUCACGGCCGCUUUCUGCCUGCCCAUUGUUACCUUCAGUGCGUGGCUGGGCCUCACCAACUAUAGGAUGUGCUUCGAUGAAGCGAGCAGCAGCCUGGAGGGAGGCCACUGCCCCGCGGCUCUGCCCCCCUACUGGAUGCUCGGCUGGUCGUGUCUUUUCCUGGGUGUGCUGGUGACCCGGCUGUGGUGGUGUGUGGCUGUUGAGUGGAGGAAGGCACAUCCACGUGUGUCUGUCCAGGUGCCAACGGCCCCCUCUGUGGGCAGGCACGUGUGGAUGGCUGGGCGUGUGAUAGGCAAGGCGCGCAACGCCCAAGACUCCGACAGCAUGACCGUCACGACCGCUGCGUCGAGUGUGUGAGUGACGGCCCAAGUGCGUGCGUGUGCUUCAUGGACGAGUAGUCAGCCGGGACCCCUUAAGCUGACCAACCGAGUCAGUCGGUGGGCACUCUGUGUGCGUGUGCGUGCUGCCCCCUGCGUGCUGCCAGCUGGUGCGGAUGUGGGUGUGUGUGUGAGAGGAGAAAAAAAAUGCGCGCGCGUGUGAGCGUGCGUGUUGUCGGUACUUGUGUGUGGGUCUCCAUUCCUUUGCCGUGUAUGGCACGCCUUGUGUGUGGGUGUGGGUGUGGGUGCGUGUGGGUGCGUGCGUGGUAGUGUGGUACAUAGUCGGGCCACUUUGUUGAAGUCCUGUUGUGUAGCGUCUUAUCUUGUGGUGUUGUGUCUUAGUUGUUGUGUGACCUUGUCGCCCAGACGCCCAGACAUGUACAGUGCCGUGAUAUCGAUGUGAUACCUUGGGCGUGUUUGAGACGUCAGUUGUGUUUCCAUGAUUGAAUGCAUCCAUCGUGCGCAC